AUGGCGGAGGUCGAAAACCACUUCACCGUCUUCAUCCGCCUCCCCUUCAACCGAGGCGACUUCAUCGACCCGCCGCCUGUCGCGUGGUCAGCAGCCAAAGAACGGGCACUAUGGGACAUCCUGUCUCGACAAGCCAAAGGCAACGAGAUCGACUGGCGCUCUCUGUCCGAGAGGUUCGAGGUCACCCAGCCAUUCCUGCUGCAGCAAGCCGCAUGGCUGUACGAGCGGCAACUGUCUCAGGUGCGCGCCCAGAUGCGUCGAGUAGGCACCAGACAGUCCGCCACGCCCUCUCCGGCCCCGGGAUCGACGACAGCCAGCAUGGUCGGUGGCCAAGCCAUGAAACGCGGCGGCAGUGGUGGCUCACGUGUGCCCUCCCGCCUGUCCACCCAGGCGUUGGGCAGUCCAGUGACAGGCGGAGGUGGAGGAGACAGCACUCCCGGGACGCCUGCUAAGAGCAGAUCGUCUCUUCCCUUCCGCAACCCUUCUGGCGCGGGCCCUGCAGUGGCCUCGCAGACACAGACGCAGGUACAAACACGGGCCAUGCCAGGCACAUCCAGGCCAAUUUCGCGACAGUCUUUCAAAGACCCAGACGGGAGUACGCCGACCUACACGACGCAGUCCAGACGAGGGAGUAUUCAGCACCAGCUCGCAAGAUCGCCGGGCCAACCGCGAUCUGCGCAGCCGCAGUCGUCGGAUUCCGAAGAGGAAAUGACUCAGUCACGCAUCACUGCCCGCCGGCCCAAUCCUUCGUCCAUCCAUAGACGAGCUCUGUCCCAGCGCAAAGAGCUUCAACACCAAGCCCAGCGAGGUAUCCUUACGAACCCCGGAAGCGUGAAUUCACCACGGAUCCAGGCCUCUGACGAGGAUGGUGAUGACGGCGACGACGACGACGACGACGAUUCGCCUUCGUUCCUCCCCUUUGCUACGCCCAUUACAGAAGCUAAAAGCCGGCCAGUGUCGUCCUCACAACAAGACCCAGACGCCACCUUGCGAGGUGUAUCUAUCAUGCAGCAGGCCUCGACCGGCUCGCGACCAACCAUGCCUCGGCGGACCACAUCCGAACGCAUCGGUUCUCCGGGCGUCGAACCGCCUACUCCCGUACAGACUCAUCGACCGUCACCUCGAGAGCCGACUUCGUCGACUACAGUUGCACAAGCGUCCAAUCAGACCCAGCUUCCCACAACAGCUUCUCAACCGCAAGCCACCACCGGCAGGCCUGGUCUGACAGCGCAAAAGUCGAGCCAGAACCAGAACCAGAACCAGAACCAGAACCGCAGCCAAAACUUGACUCCAAACCCGAACCCCUUGUCGCCCCAGCACCGCGCGCUCAUGCAGUCGUCGCCGCGCCGCCAUCCAGGCACAGGCUCCGACACGUCGCCGAGCAUGGGCUCGUCAUUCUCCGACUUGGACGACGCAAGUGUGACGCAGAGCGCGCUGGAAGAGGCCCUCCUCAGCGGCAUGGGCAACACCACCAUGACCAUUCCCGGCGCCGGCGUCGCCGGAAGGGUGAGCGGCAUCAGUCAGGCCUUGAGGAGCCGGUAUUUUGAUGGCCAGCAACGGGCCGGAGGGGCCGGAGCUGGUGGCGUCAGUGAGAGGUAG